AUGGUUUGCAUCAGAAAAGCAACACUUGCAGAUAUACCAGAGAUUGCAGCUUGUGAUUUGGUUUGUUUUCCGAGUGAAGACCCAGGCGUGUGUUUCUCUUUUUUCAAUGAUUCUAUACUCUCACCACUUAUAGUUGUUUAUGUCGCUGAAUAUGGUGGUCGUAUUGUUGGAUAUGUUGUUUCUAUGAUGUUAGAAAAAAAACCAGAAGAAGAAGACGAAGAGGAAGAAGCAGCAGCAGCAGAAGAAGAUAUUCAGGGUUAUAUUGACUAUUUAGGUGUUCAUCCGACUUGCCGUAAAUUAGGCAUUGCAGCCAAACUCAUGGAUGCUGCUCAGAACGCUUUGGUGCAAGAAUAUGGUUGUGAGUGUGUCUUUCUUCAUGUUCGUCCAAGUAAUCAUGCUGCAAUCAAUCUUUAUACCAAAGUACUAGGGUAUAAAUUCCAUUACACUGAAGCAGAGUUCUAUGAUGAUGGGGAAGAUGCUUAUGUCAUGAAGAAACAACUUCCAGGAAAACAGCCAGAUCACCUUGUUCUUGGAUUUAGACAUGGUGGUGGAUGCUUCUGGAGUGAAUCCAACGCCGAGUUGCUGGGGCUACUUGACAGACUAGAAAUAUGUUAG